AUCCGAAAUUUAAGCAGAUUGUGUCGACAUGGUGGAAAACCCGGCCAAGUUUCUCCUGUGUUUUUUCACGCGAGAGAACUGAAUCGCAGGAAAGCUUUGUGAUCAAGAGAAAUGCUACAUAGGCCACAACCAAAGAAGGUCAUAGCAAGCUACACUUUGACUUCAAAGAGCCAGCCAGACAUGUAAAACACCCAAACCAAGACUGUUGGGAAAAAGAAAUGGAGAAACAUAUACCAGAGCUCUUUCUUGACCUGAGCGAGGGUGACGUGCUCUCCUUCAUGGGACAGAGCUGGCGUAUCGUCAGUUGUCGCGGCAUGGGCCGUUGUGCGAAGGUUUACCAUGCUGUGUCGAGUGAGGGCGGUGCACAGGUGGCCAUUAAGGCCUUCCGCAGAGAAGAGAAGUAUAGGUUGGUCUUCAUCAAGGAGAUCCGGAACCUGGAUGCCGUCUAUAUGAGCAGGCAUAUUGCAUCCGUGCUGGGCAGUUUUACCCACAAGGGUCACCCGUGCCUCCUCUUUGAGCUCCUGGAGCACAAUCUCAAGGAGCUCCACCUCAAGAACGCGGCGGGGGCCGAGCCAGACGAGCCCAACUGCCUCUCCUUAUACCUAAUCCAGAACCUCCUGGAUGACAUCCUGAAGUGCCUGCAGCACGUGCACGCCCGGGGUUGGGUCCACGCCGACCUGAAGCCGGCCAAUGUCAUGUGGUGCGCCCAGGAGGGCUGCUGGAAGGUCAUUGACUUUGGGCACAGCUUCCAGGAGGGCCAUCAGGAUUUCAGCCAGAUCCAGAGUUUCUGCUACCAGUCACCCGAGGCCAAGACCUGGAACGCCUUCAUUCUGCAGCACAGCAACACCCCACGGGGCCGCAAACUCCAGGACAAGCCGCCCUCCUGCACCUCGGCGGUGGACGUCUGGAGCGUCGGCUGCAUCGUGGCAGGAGCAUUCACGGGGAUCAAGCUGUACGAGCAAGGGGAUGUCACACCUGGCGGAUGCCAGCAGUGUCAGAAAGACUGUGAAACUCUGAAAUGCGAGUGCGAACCCCUGAUAGAAGCCAUCAUCAAGCAACGACCAAUCGACAACCACAUUCCCAAGAUCAAGGACGUCAUAGUUGACCUGAGAGACCUCCUCAUUCAGAUGCUUCAAUGCACUCCCAAGGUGCGGCCCACGGCAGCUUCCUGUCUCCAGCAUCCCUUCUUCUCCCACAAGCUCCAGCCCAGCUACAAGGACCUCCUGCUCUUGCCCACCCGCGUCCUGAGACUCAUCAACGUGAUGGACGAUGCCGGCGAGGACGGGACCCAAGACGAAUUCACUGACAUCCUGACCGACCUUAGGCAGGAAUGCGAGAAGUAUGGCAUUGUGAAGAAGGUCGUCAUGCCAACAGACAAGGAGAAGAAAGACAAGGCGUUUGUUGAAUUUGAAGAUGCAGUGGACUGCGAGACAGCCCAGAGGGCGCUGGUCGGGCGCCAUUUUGACGGCAAGCCCCUGCUGGCCACAUUCUACCCAAUCAAUGACUACCGGUCACAGAUUCUCGGCACUGGAGGUGGGUCUUAAACAAUAUAUCAGCAAAUUUGAAAAGUAUGACGGUCAGUUUUAUAAUAAGUCCAUGGACUUGAUACACUCUUGCUGUUGUACGGUAUCAGAUAAUCUAUUGUUUUGUUUUGAGUGGAUUAUCAAUUUGAAGCAAACCUAAUUUGAGUUUCUAUUUCCAGUUUAUACUUAGCAGGAAGCAUUUGUCAUUUGCUAAGCAUAUCUUGGAAGUAAGCAAAGAUCUAGCUUGUGCUGUCCACAGGAUCAUUUAAUUGCAGGCCUUUUAGAGCACAGACGUGUAAUAGUCAAGUAUGUGUUACAUGUAUCUGUAACGUAAGCACAUUUAGGAGGAAUCCGAUUCACUCAUCACUUCAUGUGCUGGCCUUGAGGACUUGUGUGUGCAGUUACUGUCUCAUGCCUCAUUUGAUUGAGAUGAAUCUUACCAAAAUUAUGCCCGAGAAUGGCCUGUUUCGUUCAAAUCAAGGUCCAGAAUGAGUGACAGAAGUUGUUUUUGUGAUUUUUCAUCAUCAUUGGCAGUGAUGGAUGUUCCUUGACAGUUACGGUACAUCCUUGGUGGAUUGGGUGUACAUGUCCUGAGUAGGUUGAGGUAUGUGGUCCCAAUAGUUAUGGCAUACGGCCUCAGUAGUUAAGGAAUAUAUGUCCUCGGUGGUUGAGGUAUAUGUCCUCAAUGAUGGAGAUGUAUGUUCUCAGUCAUUAAAGGAAUAGGUCCCCAAUGAUUGCACAUGUUCCCAGCAUGUCCUCAGUAGCUGAGUAAUGUCCUCUCAUGUACAAUACGUCCUGAGUAUUUGGUAUGUUAUUUGUGAAGCUCGAAACAUCAUAGGACAAUUGCUCGAUUUGGAAGUAUUCACAUACAUCUACAUGUUUAAUUAAUGUGGUUACCAAAAUGAGUAGAAGGUUUGCACACUCCAACUUAAGUACUAGACUUCUUGUUGAGUAACAUAUUAUAAACUCAUAUCUCGGGUAUUGUUCGUCACAUGACUAUACAUUCCUCUUGCACAAGUACUCCUGUGACUCUGUUAUGUAGUUUAAUUCAGACAUUGUGAAUGUCAGUAUUCUUUUAUAAGACUCAGGACCAGCGCAAGCAAACCUUGAUACUCCACAGUACGCUCUUCAUAGAAUUUCUUCCCCAAUGCCGUCAGUUUCUGUUUAUGUUGCAAUUUUUUUGUUCAGAAGAGAUGAAAUGCAAGCAGUUUCAGGAAUUCAGUUGUCUACUUUUUAAAUGCAUCUUCCUUCCUUUUUAAGAAAGCUGUGCGAAAAAAGAAACAGUCAUCUUUGCCAGUUUUCUCCUGAGACAUUCCAUUAACCCCAUAUUUUGAACCAACCCUUCUAAAACUUUCUUGAACUAAAUUCUCUUUAAACUCAAAUUCUUCUGUCUUCUUUAUUGAUUAGCUGUUGAUUCCACUUCCAAAUUCAAAAUCUUCCUAAUCCCGGGCUAUUGGUAAAAGAUUGGAAAGUAUCGUGUAAUUUGGCCAAAUAAUAACUUACAAGGGGAGAUGCUUUGUAGAGUUGCACCGAAUUCUGGGUCGGGAAGAUAUUGCCUUUAACCACCUAAAAUGUCAGAUCUAUUUACAGUUUAUCUGCCAAUCAAGUCCUCGUGAAAUUUAAUGCCACUGAUUUUAAUAUCAUUUGACACACGGGAUGGGUAGAUAGAUGUGCAUUUAAAUCAGUCCAAUUCUCAUCAGUGACAGAAAUUUGUGUUAUGCGUUUUAUGCCACGCCUGACACCCACUUGGAACCCCAAAUUAUUUAAUAAAAAUGUGGUUCUUUUAGUUCGUAAGUUUAUGGAAAUUUCACAAAGGUUAAAAAGCAUUUUACCUAUCAGCUGUAUUGUAUUCAAUUUCAAAUAACUGAGAACUUAAACCUGUGUGUGUGUGUAUUAUGUGCCUAAAAUAUAGCUGAAUUGGAGAACGGAAUCACAUUAUGAUUUUACAAAAUUGCCUUUUGAAUGUCAACUGCACAUAGAUAAUUAGUUUCUUAUGACACAGUGUGUACGAAGGGAGGGUAUUUCGUACAACUGACAGUUGAUGCUACCCUUGAUAAUGUGGAAACACCAUAGACCUUACUGUUUGUUACACUAGAAACCCGAGAUUCAGUCCAGUGGAGACCAGUGGGUCUCAGUAUUGUAUAUUUACUCAGAAAUAGGAUUUUCAAACUAUUGGAACACUUCAAUUUGGAAGGGUACAGUGUACAUUACAAGUCAAGUGUAUCUUACCAAAGCUCCAUGAUAUUACUUCUUAUACAUUGUCGGGACUUGACAGCUUGUUGCAUGGUUUACAAUAUUUUCCUGUCAGUUUUUUUAAUUGAGAGAGAAUUUUUUCCCUCGGAGUCAAGUACUUGACUUUUGUUAUCCGUUUUAGAGCAACUGAAAACUCUUUCCAAAAGCAGAUGGUGACAUUUUUGGCAGCUUCUAAUGAAUUUGUGAUGUUUGUCAGAAACAUUUCUCUGUUCAGGAAGCAGGGAUUUGAAUAAUUACUGCAAUUUAAACAACGCUUCUUUUUGUCCCCCAACAAAACUGUAUUAAAAGUAAUGGGUAAAUAGAGUUUUCAUUGCUAUGAUUAAAAUGUUUUAUGUCUUUUGUAGUAUUUGAUGGAGUUUGUCCGAUUGGAAACUUAGCAAAAAUUGACCAGUGCUUUCUGGAGGGAGUGGUUGUAUUUUUGUAUUAAGUCUCUAUUUUAAAGUUUCGAAUAUUGAUUUAGCUUUAUGAAAUUCUCUUGUUUUGUUUGUUUUUUGCAGAUGGCCGAAAUGUUAAUGUGUGAAUAUUUACAUAAUAUAUCUAUAUACAUGUAUAUCUGUAAGAAAUAUACCCGAUAUAUAUUUAAAAUGUAUUGUACAAUCACUGUAUUUUGCCUAUUAAAAUAUAUAUUUAAUAGCUGCUACUACAAAUGUUCCAACUGUCUGGUAUUUGAAAAGAAAUACCACUCGCCCACAUACGAUAUACGUGUCUUACAAUCUGGGGAAAAGUUAAAAGAGAUUUAUAGGAAUGUACAAACGUUAUACACGUGUCACCACUGCUACAGUAAAAGGCCCAAGAAAACAUAGACACUUCUCACACUGUUUAAAUCUUUAAUCCUUGACAACUAUACAGAAUAGUUAUACUGUAAAUUAUAUACACAAGGUGGAGUCUUCGUUCCAUCACUCUCAGGCACGGUAAAGUAAAGGAAUAAUCUUAUAUAUAAUAAUCUAUGUCAUCAGGCUUUUAGAGUCCAGGUGUUCUUGCAAGCAUGUAACUUUUCCGACUUUUUACUUCAAUUUUCUUCACAAUUUGGAUAGAUAAACCAUGCAAUACAAAAUGCUAUCCUAUAACGAUCAAAGAUUACUCAACCGUCGACUUCCC